AUGACUAAGACCAAAUCCAUUUCCAAAAACCUAUUCCCUACCACUAACUCUUGUUACGGCUCAGCUAAGAAUUACAGCCCGGACGCCCACGUAUGUCCAAUGAACUUAGGGACUCCUUCAUCAAUUUGCAAGAAAUCUCCUCCAUCUUCCUCUCGGUCAAGGAGAUACCGGUCUCAGGCGACAGAACCUUGCUCCAAUUGUGUCAUGUUGCAGAGCACUCUUAACUCAGUGAAUGCUUCAAAAAACAAAUGUGCUGACCUGUUAGAUGAGGCUCGAAAGAGGAUUAUCGAGCUUGCUUCGACCAUGUACCAACAAAACAAGCUCCAGGGUCAAGGAAGUGACCAAGUGAAGACGGUGGAAGCAUUUUUGGAAGCUGCCAAUGACUACCUCUUGUCAUUUGGUAGAGUUUUGGUGGAUGAAUCAAUCUCACUCUCACUCACUUGGAUAGUCUUGAAAAGUAUGACGGACGUAGAUAUUGCCUCCAACUCUCACUGGCAAGAAAUUUUGGACACACUUCAACUAUCCAAAUCAGUUGCAGAAAUAGAUACUCAUGAUAUUGAAGGGAAAGAGAUGGUAAGUCUAAAAAUGUGGGAGGCAUUCUAUUAUACUUACGCAAGAUGGAAAGGUUUCAGUCCUAGAAUUGACGAUACAAAAUCCAGGAAAAGUGAUGGAGAAAUAUACAUUCGACGAUGGGUUUGUAACAAAGAAGGUUUUCGGAACGAGAAAUUUUUGAACAUGCCAGAUAGGAAGAAGCGACCAAAAGAAAUAACACGUUGUGGGUGUCAAGCUGCGUUACGAAUCCUUCGGUUACAAAAAACAAAUCUUUGGCGGUGUCAAGAAUUUGUACCAUUUCAUAAUCAUGAUUUGGUAAUACCAUCACAAAUGCAAUUCACUCGGGCAAACCGCGAGGUUCCUGAAGCAGUAGCUGCACAAGUAAUUAGCAUGAAUAGAUGUGGUAUCAAAACUUCUUCCGUUGUAGCACAUAUUGCCCUACAAUCUGGAGGGUAUGACAAUCUUCCUUUCCAACUAAGAGAUGUGUACAACAAAGUGGCUAGUUUAAGAAAGCAAGAGAACAUAUCAAGUGAUGCAGAAGGUACAUUGGGUUUCUUAGACGGCUUAUCAUCAAUGGAUCCUGAAUUUUACGUCGAGUACAAGAUUGAUGACGAAAAUCGAUUAGCAUUCCUUUUUUGGGCUGAUGGUAUGAGUAGAAGAGACUACAUGUUAUUCGGGGAAGCUAUUGCUUUUGAUACAACAUACCGCACCAAUAAGUAUAAUAAGCCAUUGACUGUAGUUGUUGGCGUCAAUCACCAUUUUGAAACUUGUGUGUUCGGUUGCGCAGUUUUACUUGAUGAGACGGAAGACGCUUAUAUUUGGUUCUUGAGGGUGUUCCUUGAUUGCAUGGGCAACAAAAAACCAAAAGUAGUCCUCACUGAUAAUGAUGAAAGGAUGGGAUUCACAAUCAGACAUUUGUUACGAGACUCUACCCAUCGACUUUGUGCAUGGCAUCUAGGGAACAAUGCCACAAAGAAUAUUAAGAUUCCAGAUUUCAACAAAGGCUUCUUUGACUUAAUAUACAACUACUACACAGUGGAAGAGUUUGAAGAAAAAUGGGCCGCUUUGUUGGCACAGUUCGGCCUUGAAGAAAAUUCUUGGUGUCGUACUAAAUACAACACACGUGGUCAAUGGGCAGAGACGUUCUUAAGAGGGGUUUUCUAUGGAGGCAUGCGAACAACCCAAAGAUGUGAGUCUAUGAACAAUGUACUCAAGAGAUUCUUACUUGCUAAUUACAGUUUACGAGAGUUUGUUUCACAAAUUACCCAUGCUAUUGGCACAAUGCGCCAUAAUGAAGCCGCUAAAGAUUUCAAAAGCAUGCAUACCGUCCCUCAUAUUCCCGCUGGUAAGACAGAUUUCUUGCAAACAUAUUACAAACAGGCCACCGCAAUUUUCACCAGAAACAUAUAUUAUAAAGUAAAAGAACAGAUUGAGGAAGAGCAACCCUAUUCAAUUUCUCAUCGGGAAGAUCAAGGGGAUUCAUACCUCUUCUCUUUAGCUAGAUUCCAAUACGGUACGAUAAGACACCGAGUCUUAUAUAACAAAGAGAAGAAUGAGUUAAAUUGUUCGUGUUUGUUGUUUGAGUCCGAUGGUAUUCCAUGCAAGCAUAUAUGGUGUGUAAUGAAAAGUCUUGACAUUCGAGUUAUACCAGAAUCCUUAAUAUUAACUCGUUGGCGAAAGGAUGUCAAGACUUCUUCCUCUACACAAGUUGGUGAACACUCAUCCGAGCAUCAAAAGAUGACCCAAUUGUCAAGGUUUGGAGCGCUCAAUGCUUAUUCAAACUCAAUGAAUUUCUUUGCAUCACACUCAGAAGCAACAUUCCAAAUGGCAAAGAUGGAGUUGGAAAAACUUAAUACCAUCUUUAGGGCGUCUUACGAGGAGGGACAUAAUAGCCAAAACUCACAACCAACCACAACAUAUCGUGAUAAUCCAAACAUAAUCCAAGAUCCUGUAACAGUGAGGACGAAGGGCAUGGCCUCAACGAAUUCUAGAAAAGGAACAAAUGAUGGAGUACAAGGAGGUAGGCAAUGCACACUUUGUGGAGGUCGAGAUCAUAAUAAACGAACUUGUAGAGAAGGACAGGGGUCUAAAACUCAUACAAGACCAUGA